CCCCCUGCCUCGAGCGGAAGGGGCGGGGCGAGCCCAGCCAUGGCGGCGGUAGGCGGGGAGGAUAGUGGUGGUGGUGGUGGCGGCCCGGGCCUGGCUUUGGCUUUAGUGGAAGGCAGUGUCGGGCGGGCCGCCCGCGUCGGGGACCCGGGGGAUUUGGUGGCGCUGGCCCGGCAGGUGCAGCAGGCAGAUGAGUUUGUUCGAGCCAAUGCCUGCAACAAGCUGACUGUCAUUGCUGAGCAGAUCCGGUGCUUGCAGGAGCAGGCUCGGAAGGUCUUGGAAGAUGCUAACAAGGAUGCUGACCUGCACCAUGUGGCCUGCAACUUAGUGAAGAAGCCAGGAAACAUUUACUACUUGUAUAAGCGGGAGAGUGGCCAAAAGUACUUCUCCAUCCUGUCUCCUAAGGAGUGGGGGACCAGCCCCCAUGAGUUUCUUGGUGCCUAUAAGCUCCAGCAUGACAUGUCCUGGACGCCAUUUGAGGACAUUGAGCGACGAGAUGCUGAAAUAAACAUCUUGGACAAGCUGCUGAGCCGGCAGGCAGCGCUUCCCCUGUGUACAGAGCCCAACUUCCAGGGCCUCACCAAGUGAUGCAGAGUGUGGUGGCCAUACAGGACCUCUGAGCAGAGCUGCUCCCUGAGGACAGGCAGUGCCUGAGCAUUGCCAAAGGCAGGGCAAGGAAAGAGACCAAGGAAUGAAAAUGCUGAUGCUGCCAGUACUUGCUCUUUGCUUUAAUGAGACUAAUUCUGAAUUCAGUCUUACUGGAUUUUCUAGUAAUCAAGUAACUUAUUUAUUUGACUUAUGCCAAGCUGUAACAAGAGGCAGAUGAUAUCAGAUGGAAUAAUUUCAAAAGGACUCGGGGCAAAAAGCAAAUAUGCUUGGGGCGGAUUGAUAGUGCUAUAAAAUAUGUCCUACCCAUCUGGCUCUGUCAUACCUCACUGGGACUACCUGUGGCAGGUAGUGAUUUCAGGUCUGGAUUUUGGCCCUCAUAUUUAGGAAGCCCUGUGGCCUGGGAAUAGUGGUCAAAAUCUCAUGCAAAGAGGUCUGUUGUUCUUUGUUCCCUUUCUAAUGUGGAUUUGUUCAUCUUAGACCAAGUAGUGUUCCUCCUGCCCCUUGCCCCACAGCAGAGAGGGUUUUGGUGCCCAGCUUGAGACGUGAAGAUGGGGAUGCUGCAGCACAGGGUUCUCCCAGGUCACCCUCAGCUCAUCUGCACCUUGUCUGCACUGGGCUUCUCCAGUUCCAGUGCUGCCAGCAGCCCAGCCCCAUCCCGCCGUGCUUCUCUCUGGCUGGCAGAAAUCUUCUCAGAGUCAGCGCAGGACUUUUGAAGCAGCUUUUCCCAGCGCACCCUCCCUCACUUAGAGCACUGGGCAAAUUAAAAGCAAUGUGUUGUUAUUAUUAGACCAGGGUAUAAUUAAUUCCGUAUCAAGUCACAAGUGCCUAAUUUGAUAGGGUGUUUUUUUUUUUUUUGCUGCUUGUUUUAUCACCCCAGGUCUUAUUUUACUGCAUGUUAUUAAAUCUUAACUUGGAAGGGAGAAAGUUAAUUACUGCAUGGGCUUUACCAUAGUGCUAAUUACAGAAACAUCAGAGACCUUCGUGUGUGAUUUAUGCUCCUCUGGGAAGAAGGUAUUCCUGCCCCAGUUUUAUCUGUUUCCCAUCGUUAAAAACUGUGUGCUGAUGUACAUGCACAAGGGGACUAGGGGGAUGUCUGCAGCCUCUGUCCUUUGCAGCUUGUGAUUUUGUAUGUUGGACUUGGACAGGAUUUCACAUCUCCAGUAAAGGCUUCUGACCCUCUGUGCCCCAUAGCUCUCUGCUGCCCUGCUGCAAUUCCUUCGGGUGCCAGCACUUGCUGCUUGAGUAACAGCUGUGUGUCACGGCGGGCCGGUGCUCUGUGCCAGCAUGUUUCUGCUGGGUAGAGAGAUCUUCUGUGUCAGUCUUGCAGUUCACUGAGCACAAAUGCCUCUUCUAGCCUCUCCUGCCAUGCUGCUCUUUGGAGAUUCGCUGUAACCUACUUCUCCAUCCUAACCAUGUGCAUCUUGCAGAGUCCUGCCUGUCGGUUCUGCGUCCCCAACAAGCAAGGGGCUUGCAGCAAGUGCAACAUCUCUGGCAUUGCAUUGUGGUGCUCUACAUGCUGCAGCAGGGCUUCUCAUGCCUUUCAUUUGGGCAAAUGCGUGCCCUCGUCACUUCCUGGAGGAACAAACAUCUAGGUGAGGAGUGAACGAGAAAGCAGGUGUUUGUGACUCGUUGCAGAAAACACUGCUGAAGUCGUGUGAUUCUGAGUCUGGGGAAAUUUUUCAUGUUGCAGUUCUGCUUAAAUCAUAGCAAGGAAUGAUCGGGCUUUUAAAAAAGAGCCCUGGAUGCCUUUCCAGACACCUUUGUUCCUGAGGGUAAUCCAGGCUGCAUUCACUGGGAGGGAAGGAAACCAGAGUCUGUUUCAUCUGCUGUACUAAAAGGUUAAAAAUCGGUUUCCUUUGAGACCUCUGUUUCCAUUCACUGUCACAUCUGUAUGCACCCAACUUUAAUUUAAUGCUUUUCCAUCUGAGGUCACUGACUUUGCAGAGCUAAUCCAUGUGCAAGCUGAGAAUGGACUCAGUGACAUGGAAAAUUUUGCAUUUAGAUGUUUUCUGUGUAAAACCGAUUCCAACAAGGAGCACAGCUCUGCAAACAGCCCUUCUUCCUUUUGAAACAGUGCUGCUGCAAUCAGCAGAGACAGCACAGUGCAGCUUGCUGGCUCCGGAUGCAGUGGCGGUGGGUAGGUAUCCACCCAGUCAUGGUAAAAGAAAAAAAGAUUACUCACCCCUUGCUCUUCGAUGAGCACUAAGGGCAGUAGUGAAUGAAUCCAAUGGCUUGCUCCAAAAGCCCCAUGGAUGGACAGUGUUUGUGGGAGAAGAUGUAGAUGUGCUUCUGAUGCCAUUAGUGCUUGGCAGAGUGGUUUGCUCCAUCUUUGGAUGUGCAGAUACCUGCUCCCUGGAGCCGACGUUUGCUGACAUGAGCCUUAUUGUCUUCUUUCGAUCCUGAGAGAUGAGUUUAUUAAUGACUUGAUGGUACUGAGACUGCACGAAACAUCUCCCUGAGGUAUUAAAUGCAUUCCAGCUCCUUUGGA